AUGGACGGAGUAAACUGGUCGAGUCGUGUCUAUGGCACCUCGAAUCUGAUCUACGCAAAUCUGUUGUUGGAAUACGGUUGUUUGUUGCUCAAUACGGACAAGACGCGCAAAGCAGCUCAGGUGUAUGUGAUCGGGUUCGCCCUCACUCUCAGCUGUUUGCCCGGGGCCAGUGUCAUGUCCGCUCUGGCUUUGGAAGCGAUCGCCUACGCGCACUAUGUCCUCGAGUACACUACGGGUGACUUUAAUUAUGCAUUUAAAUGUGCCGAUGUGGCCAGUCUGAUCUUGCAUCGUCUGAAUCACCAGGAUUGUAUGCAAACUGCUUCGGCCAAUCGUGUCAAAGCUCUUAUCAUUGAGGAAAUCGCCAUUGAUGCCAACGAUCCAAGACGUUUCAAACAGGCUGAAGAAUUGCACAUACAAUCGCUCAGGCAUUGUGAAAAAACUUACGGAGAACGCAAUAUUCAAACAGCAAAACACUACGGCAAUCUGGGGCGGUUGUAUCAGUCAAUGCAAUUGUAUGAGCGAGCAGAACUCAAUCACCGUAAAGCAAUUGCUAUCAAAACAGAAUUGCUCGGGGAAUCGGACUUCGAAGUGGGUCUGAGCCUGGGGCAUUUGGCCAGUCUGUACAAUUAUGAUAUGGAACGAUAUCAAGACGCGGAGGCGCUACAUUUGAAAUCCAUAGAAAUCAGUCGUCGAGUGUUUGGUCCAACUUACAGUGGUCUCGAAUACGAAUACCGAGGCUUGCAACGUGUGUACCAUCAUCUGGGUCUUCCGGAAAGACGAGAGUAUUACAUGGAACUCCGACGAGAUUGGCACACGAAACGUGAGCGAUUGAGUCAGAAUCCGGAAAGCGCCGAUCAAAUUGACGAGUUAACAUCAGCCGAACAAAUGCCAAAUGUCCGAACCCUGUGGACCGAGUUGCUUCAAUUGUUCACCGAGUAUGAGAGAAAAUUCUCCCAAUUCUUUCGCGGAUUUCCCUAUCCGAAUUCUGUCAAUGAUGUGCCUUCUGGUAGUAAGAGCGUGUUGUUGAACACAGUUGCGAAAGUGUCGCCAACCCUGGAGACAAGUCGAUCCACAGGAUACUAA